UACAGUUUUAGUCAGUUAAACAGCAAGCAAAUAUCAUCGAAUAGUCGCAAGCAACUAUCAAACAAAAGAAAGUGAUAAAAAAUUGUCUUUCAAAUUUACGCAAAGGUAUCUACGGGUCUAUACAUUGUUAAUUUACUAAGUUUUUCGCAUCAAAUUCUGGGAGUUUAGCACUUCUUUCUUUGAUGUUGCCCAUGGAGGGUUGUUACCUCAUUGGGCUAAUCUUCUUAAUCGGAUGGGCGGCGCCACCAGUGUCCUCUGGAAGUCUGUCUCUGACGGACCACCCGACAGUCAUCACCAUUCGGGAGAGUGAGGCGCUGGACACUGACCCGGUGUGGAAGUUCGUGGUCAGAGAUGAGGACGAUGACCCCUUCACCACCUGUGCACUGAGUGGAACAGAUGCUGCCCAGUUCACAGCUACUGUGGAUCCCAUUUUGGGGUGUCUUGUGACAUUCAACGGAGACAAGGACUUCGAUGCGGGAGACGAGAAGUUCAAGUUCAACCUGGCUGUCAACACUGGCAACGCCCUUGAUAAUGGACCAAUCAAUAUCAACGAUGUGCUGGUGGCGAUAAUAGACGAAGACGACGAGCCCCCCUGUUUCACGACAGUCUCCCCUCUCGCAAUUAUCAUCUCUGAAAACACGAAGGCAGGCACUGUGAUUGUGAACCCAACUGACGUCGCCUUCUCUGAUCCAGACACCUCUGACCAGUACUUGGAGUUCAAUCUCGCAUCCGAUGGUUAUAACGAAUUCUACCUGCCGACCAAGUUCCUGCCGACAAUAGUGAGCCGAAGACAGUUCGACUACGAACUAGUUGCAGAUCAGAGUCUCACCAUAGACCUGGAGUUGAAGGACGCCAAGGGCAACUCGGCAGCCGGCUGCACCAACCCACUGGCCAUUACUGUCACAGUCACUAAUGAGAACGACAAUGCACCUCUCUGUGACCCGACUGCAUUCUACGCCUCACUUGCAGAUGGGCGCGCUGCAGGUACUUUUGGAGCCCCAAUCGCUUGUACAGACCGAGACGACCCCCUUUUUGCACCGGUGUGCUCUCUUGAGAAUGCACACGCCACCUUCGGAGUGGACAGUUCCCACACUGGAGCAAACACAUACGCGGGGGCCUGUCAGCUGAAGACAGUGAGUGUUCUGAACAUCAACAAUGCAGACCCCUACGGAUACUUCAACUUCGACAUACUAGUCAAAGAUGGCAACAUCAACGGAGUCCAGUUCACAACCACUGUUGCUGUAUCUAUCAAGGUGACCCCAACCAGCAAUGGGGCCAUAUCUCUGACGGACGGCACGUACGGCAACAUACGCGAGGAUGUUGAGGUGGGAUACCGCAUCGACACACAGGCAGUGCUGGGAUACUCGGACGCCUCAAACAAUGAAUACCCACACACGUGGACCAUGUCAGGCACCGGAUCAAACUACUGGGGAAUUGACCCCCUGGAAGGCUACCUGUACAACAUCUACCCUCUAGAUUUCGAGGACCAGACCUCUUUCGCAUUGGAGGUGAUAGUGCAAAGAGCUGACGGGAGUGCGACUCCCCCGGCUGCCACUGCAACCAUCACUAUCAAUGUGCUCAAUGCCAAUGACGAAGUGCCCACUUUCACACUGGCCAAAUACAAAUUCAAAGAUCUCACCACAGCUACUGACACUACGCCAACCUUACCGAAGAGCAAAGUGCUGGUUGAGGGUGCCUUGGCGGGAGACCUGGAUACGUUCAGCGUGAAUGACGCAGACGGGACCGAGAACCUAGUGGUGUCCAUUGAGUCCGUCUACCCUGAUGAAGAUGUUGACAUAUUCGCCGUCUCCUGUACUCUCGUGACGCCCUGUGGCCCUGUGGGAACAUACAAGAUUGAGCUGCUGCGAGAUGUGGAGUUGGACACUAGUGUGGCGACGAGACUGCUGUCGGACCACUACACAGUGACGAUAGCAGUGACAGAUGGGAAGUAUGUGGUGAGGAGCUACUACUACGUCUCCAUCACCCCCCUCAACGACAACACCCCCUCCAUCACUGCAGCCCCAAGCGCAGUCAGGAUCAGCGAGGCCACUCAGGUGGGUAGUUUCCUCACCCAGAUGACAGCAACUGAUGACGACGGAGUGGUACUGCAGUUUGACUUCAGCAGAGACAGUGUACAGUACACUCUCACAGAAGCAGCUUCUCUCACUCUACCCAGUGUCGAUGAGAGCUACUUUGUGGUUGACCCAAUGACUGGAUCCGUCUUCCUGGCCAAGCAGAUUGACAUAGAUGGAGUGGCCAGUCCCCCUCAAACAGUCACGCUCAAGAUUGAUGCAGCUGACAACUAUGGGGCUGGUAAUGCGGCAAUACAAGCGGUAGUCACAGUGGUCAUAGACGAAGUGAAUGACAACCCACCCGUCUGUGCAGGCAUACCAGAAUACACUUUCCUGGACUUAGUCGAGACCACAACUGUGACGACUUCUCUUGUGGACUUCUCCGUGUGUGACGAUGUGGACUUCGGGGGUGGGCAGGCGUGGGCUGCGGAGAUUGUGUCCGGGGCUGUUGGCACUGGGAGUGGAGACCAGUACUUCGCAAUGGUGGCCAAUGAUCUACAGCUGGCACAUCUGUUGGACUAUGAGGGGGCAGAGCGGAACUUCGAGCUGGUGGUCAGAGUGUACGAGACAGACGAGGGACCUCUGGCCUCCCACGACCUCUACUUCACAGUCAUAGUCACAGUUGUCCCUGCUCAGGAUGGAAAACCAGUGUGGACCACCACCACCUACACCGCAACUGUGGCUAGUGAUAUUGCAUUCGGAUCCCUCGUCACUCCGAACCCGAGCAGCUUCGACUACACUGAUCCGGACGGGUAUCUGGCCACUGAUCCGGAUAACCCACACGCGUAUGGAUCCAUGGCUGUUACUCAGUGUCAAUGUGACGCGGUUGCCGUGACUCCUUGUCCCUUCAUUCUGGAUAUCGAAGCCGAGGAUGUCUACGUCAUUGGAUCCCUGAUGACCUACGCCUCUUGUGAUUUGAUUCUGCAGUUGAGUGACAAUGCCGGAGUGGUGAGUGACCCAGACGCCACUUUCACCAUCACUGUCGACUCAGAGGGGCUACCAGCUUGUGAUCCGGAGUCACUGCAGAAGACUAUUGCUGAGACACAAGCCGCAGCGACAGUUUUGAUAACUGACCUGAACUGCGUUGACCCCGAUGGUGACACUUUGACCUACACACUGACCCAAGGUGACCCGAACUUCGAGGUAGUAUCGGGAUCGGGCACCGGUCAACUCAAAUCAUCUGCCAAUGCCGCUUUUGACUCAUCAGUGAAGAGCUCUUACAACCUCGUUGUAACAGCCGAGGACGAUGAUGGAAACACAGCUGAAGUCUGGAUCUUGGUCAUUGUCACGAGUGUUAACGACGCAACUAUAAACUGCACGGCGUUUCCGACUACUAAUUUGUUCAUCUCGGAGGCUACAAGUGUGAAUACGAUUCUGGGACAGAUGUCCUGUCAUGACCCGGACGGGGAUGAAACUGCGAACGGACAACUGACUUAUACAGUGACUGGGAGUAAUGGCAAAAUAGCAAUUGACCCCAAAACAGGUGUAUUUUUCCUGGCUGAGGCGGUCGAUUUUGAAAAUGCGGCUCUGACUAAUCCCGUGACGGUGGAUUUUGAAGUAUCUGAUGGCCCGGGAACUUCUAUCAUAGUACAGCGCGACAUUGAAUACACCAACGUUAAUGACAUCAAACCGACAUGCACAUUUGCUUACGACGCCACCAACGCGCCUCUAGGAAUCAUCGAUGACGGAACCACCUCAGGAACCACCAUUGGAGCCCUAACAUGCCAAGAUGGAGACGCAACUGCCGCUCUGAACCAAGUGAUCACACUUUCAUUCAUCGGAAACACCGAUUCCACUUUGUUCACACUCACACCCGCAACUUGUACUCUGAUAAGCGCUGCGACUUGUUCGAUUGACGUGGAUCUAGCGAAAGACAUUGACGUUGACGCUGAAGACGCCCAGUUCUCAAUUCUAGAACUGCAAGUUUCAGACUCGAAAUUGACAAAUGUUUACAGUUUCCCGUAUGUGACUAAUGCUGUGAAUGAAUUCGCACCUGUGUUUGUGAAUCUGCCAGGAGCUGUGUCUAUUCCGGAGAACACGCCUAUUGUGGGCGGGGCUGCGAUAUUCACCGUUGUCGCAACUGAUGCCGAUUCAGACGUCACGGGCGAUGGGCAGAUCUACUUUGAACUGGACAGUGUGAACAACUACUUCGCAAUAGACAGGCUGAGUGGGGAGGUGUUCCAGAUAGCCCCCCUGGACUACGAGGAGCCCCUCACUUCAGUGGAUGUGGUAGUGGUAGUUAAGGACGAGACUGGAGACAGGCCAGCCUAUGCCACUGCCACUCUGGCUGUUACCAUUGUCAAUGUCAACGAUGAAGCUCCAACCUGGGUGCCAGCAUCUGUAUGGGACUACUCGAUGGCAGAAAACACGGCCACCAGCACUACUCUCGCUACUCUCUCGGCUACACCUAGCGACGACCUGUCGGCCGACCUGAGAUACACAAUCACUGAACAGUCUCCUCCAGACCCCACCUACUUCGAGAUACUGGACAAGACCACAGGUGUCAUCACCACUACCACUAAUGCACUGGAUUAUGAGGUAGCGAGUGACGUCAUUCUGUACGUGAAAGUGUGUGACUCACAGGGGGCUCCCAACUGCCUCUCGGCCACUGCACUCGUCUAUGUCUCUGUCACUGAUGUGAACGAAUAUGCGCCCCAGUUCCUACAGCCCAGUUACAACUUCGAGGUGCGUGAGGACGAACACGUGGGCUUCCAGGUGGGCAAGGCUGAGAUCCAGACAGAGCUGAACGAGGAGGGCGUGAACAAUCCAGAUGACGCCAAGUGUUCCAUCACCACUGCCACCACUUACUUCUCCAUAGACCCCAACACAUGCAUCAUCACGCUCAUCGACACUAUUGACAGGGAGACUGUAGCGUCUGAGACUCUGACAGUGAGGGCGGAGGAUGCGAGUGAUUCCACCAAAUUCUCCACUGUGACUGUCACCAUCUCAGUCAGCGAUGUGAAUGACGUCACGCCUUCGUGCACAGGGGGUCCCACCUACACACCCUACUACAUCAACGAAGAACAGAAUGGUGUACUGGUAGAGGACGUCUCUCUGACCACUGACAUAUGCAUCAUCUGCACUGACACAGACGCCACUGCUCCCUAUGACAUGAACAGUGUCAAGUACGAGAUCAUUUCCAUAAAUGGAGACCCGGGAGACGACAGCUUCGCACUGGACUACACACAGGGUGCAUGUCAGUUCGGAAUCAAGUCCAAUCGACUGCUGAGUUACGAGGAUGGAGUGCACGAGUUCCUAGUUCAGGUGAAGAUCACGGACAAUUCUGGUCUGUUUCCCGAUGCCCUCUCUUCGACAGUGUACAUCCCAGUGAGACUGAAUGACGUCAACGAGGAUGACCCCUCCUUCAUCACUCCCCCCACUCCAGCCUCAUUCACCAUCACUAUUGAUGAGUCCAUGCCCAGAGGGGCUGUAUUCUACACUGUGAAGGGAGUUCAGACGAUGGACACAAUGAGUGCGACUACAUACGAGAUCAACACCAGUCCAGUCAUCAAGGCAUACAAUGCAGCCAACACUCCCACCAACGAUCCAGACUCAUUCAUCAUCUCAGAGCUCACUGGGGAACUCAUGGUCAAUACUGACCUAGACUACACUGUAUACGAAAAGUACAUAAUGGAGAUCAGACUGCACGACGGACAAGGCGUGUUUGGAACUAUUCCCACUGCCACCAUCACAGUACUCAUUACAGACAUCAACAACCACGCCCCCCGAUUCACAAACAACGCCUACUACACAUUCGCUGCACCCGAGAACUCAGCCGCAGGAACUGCAGUUGGUACGAUCGAGGCCUCUGACUCAGACGCCUCUCCAAAUUCGGACCUGUCCUUCUACAUUCAGUCCAACAAUACCGGCAACAUGUUCGCCCUGGCCACAGUUGUCAACCCAAAUCAGCGAAGAGUAGUCUUCAACCUCGACUCCUCUGACUGUGAGAUGAAGUGCAAAUAUGACCUGGUGGUGAUAGCGGUAGACGGGGCACCCGUGGGAUUCCAACUGACCGGCACCACAACUGUUCACAUUGAGAUUACGGGGGUGAACGAGUUCCCCCCUAAGUGGGAUGCCACAAGCACUACCAACCUCGCCAUCAACGAAGGAACUGGGAUUGGGAAUGUGGUUGGGACUGUGUUGGCCACUGACAAUGACACUUGUGCUGGCCAUGGGGACAUUGUGUACACUAUCACCAGCCAGGUGUCCAUGCCAGGUGGAAGUAAUUCACUCUUCGGUUUGGACAGGUACUCUGGGGAGGUGAAAGUGCUCAAACAACUGGACAGGGAAACAGUGUCGAGUAGUGAGCUGAUAGUGUCUGCAUGCGACGAAGGGGGUUCGGGGUCAGCCUCUGAGAACUGCAUUACCUCCACUUUGGCCAUAUCCAUCCUAGACAUAGAGGACAAUGACCCCCUCUGUACUUCCUCCGGUCUGGGAUUCACUGUGACGGAGAAUGCACCCCAAAUGACCACCCUCGCCACUCUCAAGGACAUCUGCACUGAUGGAGACGCCUCUCUGGCUUUCAACACCCUCACCUACUCCAUCUCGCCUGCUAUUGCCCCCUUCGCCAUGGACGCCACCACUGGGCAACUAUAUGUGGCCACAGCCGGAGUGCUGGACUUCGAGACCACCACCUCCUACUCCACAGUGGCUACCAUAUCCGAUGGAACAUCCACAGAUUUCACAAUUUCCAUCGACAUACAAGUAACAGGUGUAAAUGAGUUCGCGCCCAAUGCACAAGGGGGAGGGGCUCUGACUCCCACCAGCCCCAUCAGUGUGGGGGAGGAGACUGCCACUGGCACUUCUGUGGUGCAACUCAACUUCGAGGACGCAGACGACGGAAGCGACGGCGAGCUGCUUUGUACUCUCUACAACGGAACCGAGUUUUUCAGAAUUGACCCCUACACUUGCGAGGUGUUCUUGAUCCAAAAACUAGACUACGAAACCGGGCCCACUUGUUACAUUGUUCUCGCCAUUAUAUAUGACAGAGCCUCUGAUUCUGACAAUGUGAAAUCUACCGACCAGUACUUCACAGUGUGCAAAACGGAUUACAAUGACAAUGUCCCAAUAUGCGACCCAAAAUUGUAUAUCGUUUACAUUGACGACGAUAUCCAAGCUAACGAGGUCAUAGGAACUGUGUCGUGUUCGGACGCCGACAGCGCGACAGAUGACAACAAUGUCUUACAUUAUGCAGUGACUGCCGAGUCUCCCGCACCAGCUUGGGGAAAUUUUCUGGCUCGUGUUGCCGGAACUAGCAAUCCGGGACCGGACAUCGAGGUCAGCGCUAUAGUUGACCUUGAAACUCACCCUGUGGAUUUCUUCGAACUCACGAUUGAAGUUAAAGACCAAAAUAAUGCCGGGUCAAACAUUCUACCAGCCAACUCAGAUCUAACCAUGUUUGUGUACGUGAGAGACAUUAACAACAACGAUCCAAGUAUUACCAAUCCCGCCACUUCUAGUUCUGUAAACUUCCAAGAAACAGACUGUUGUUCUGGAACUACCUUGGUCCAGACAAUUACAAUUGUCGAUACUGAUUUCACCCACGUGACCUCAAAUGUUCCGUUCACGGGUGACAUAGUUUCCGGAAACUCAGGUGAUACAUUCCGAUUGGUGCACAAUGCAAACUGGAACGAACUUGUGCUUCACAUCGCGAAGACUGUCGAUCGAGAAACGAAGAGCAGCUACAGUUUGGUCAUCGAAGUUUUUGACGAGCCCGACUAUCAAGGUACUCAAAAAACGGCUACUCUUAGCUUAACAGUCGACAUAACCGACGCAAACGAUAACAACUUGUUAUGUAAUCCUUCUGAAGUGACUUAUACUGUUUCGGAAUCGGACACUGGAGCGACUGGAUUUUAUUUGCCAUGUACUGAUCUUGACUCGACUGGAACUAUGACCGCUACUUUGGCGUCGGGAAUGCCCGCCGACUACGCGACUUACUUCUCGUUUAUCGCCGGACCCUCGACGAAUACACUUCAGCUAAAUGUAUUGACGAACGUGGAUUACAACGUGAACGGAAAUCACUCAUAUCAACUCGUUGUCGACGUGUCAGAUGGAACCCAUCGAUCACAGCAGGUGAUUGUUCACGUGCAAAUUACCGAUGUCGAUAGCGGAAACGGAGCGUUGACUUGUAGCGAUGUGAACAUUGGCGAAGAAGCCCCGAUGGGAACACAAGUGCUCGACGGGUCGACAUACUUCGACGCGACUGCUGACCCCGAGUACCCGUACGAUACUUACACAUUCUCCUUCUCGGGUGGCAACUCGGGUGGGUACUUCGUGAUUGAGCCCCUCUCCGGUUUGAUCCGAGUGGCGCGAAGGUUGGACCGAGAGAUGACGAGUAGUGUGAGUGUGACAAUGGAUGUGAAUGACGGGUCCACAGAUGUGACCUGCACUUUCAACAUCCUCAUUGAUGAGUAUAAUGACAACGCUCCCUGCUUCAAUCCCCACAGCUAUGCUGUGUCUCUGAAUGAAUACGUUCCUAUCGGAACUGUGGUGACCACCCUUAUUGUGGACGAUGGCGAUGAUUCAUCCCUGCCGGCUGGCCAGGUGCUGCUGGCAGACCUGACUCUGAAGACCAUUAGCGGAAAUGCCUCUUGGUUUGCCCUCACCAACUGUGCAGCUCCAGUGGUGAACCAGUUCUGUCUGGAGACGACCCAAACCAUAGACUAUGACCAGUUCAGGUUCCAUAGACUCAAAGUGGAGAGUGCCGAUAACAACAUGGGUGCAUCCACUGGGCCCAUUCUGACUGGGUUUGCGCUGGUGCUGAUAGACAUAGUGGAGAUGAAUGACAAUGACCCCAGCAUAAUUGAGACGACGAAUGGCUCCGUGAACUACUUCUCCUUCCCCGAGAACACCACAGUGGGCACCCAACUGGCCACCAUCACCCUCACUGCCACAGAUGCAGACAGCCCACAGUCAUGGUUUGGCCGUGUGAGGUACAUGCUGGACUUCUCAUUUGACUCGGACCCAGUGGCAGCCAACAAGACCUUCAUGAUUGACCAGUACACAGGAGACAUCUAUCUGGCAGCCCCUCUGGACUACGAGACUAAGACUUCAUACUCACUCUAUAUGAAUGUCACCGACAGCUUCGAAGGAGAUAACGACUCGAUGAGUAUCAACAUUGACUUCACAUUCACUCAGUUGAACUAUCUCACCCUGUUCAGCGUGGGUUCGGCCAGUGGAGUGGUGACGGUGAUUUCCACUCUCGAUAGGGAGUCGGGAAGCGCACUCGACUCCAAGCCUCUGUAUGAUCUUGAGAUCAGAGUGGCAGACCAUGGCACUAACCCAGGGCCCCUGACUGCCACUGCAAUCAUGUGGAUAGAUGUGAUGGACAUCAAUGACAACGACCCAGUGUUCACCCAGUCCACCUACACCACCACCAUCAGCGAGUGUCUGGACCCAUACGAGAACAUCGUCAAUGUGUCCGCCACAGAUGAUGACUUCGGCGUGAACUCUGAGCUGAGCUACACGUUUGGCCCGGUCGUCUCUUUCUUCCACCUGGACCCUGGAACAGGCAUGAUCACCUCCCUCCAGACCCUGGACAGGGAGUCAUACCCCUUGGGCUUCUCCUACAAAGUGGUCGCCACUGAUCACGGAGUGGUGCCUAGAUCUGCAACUGCCACUGUCCAGAUCCUGAUCGUGGACUGCAAUGACGAGACCCCCAUCUUCGACAAGUCCCUCUACACCUGGUACAUCUCUGAGGACGCCACCAUCCACACCCUCCUCACUACCCCGACCACCCGCCUCACGGCCACAGACAGGGACGAGGCAGGGGACCCCAACUCACAGAUCAAGUACAAUGUCACGGGCUCAGCUGACGGGGUGUUCGAGAUGUUCACCGAGGACAAUGGCCAUAUAAGGACGAGUGUGUUGCUGGACAGGGAGGCACAGGCCGCUUACUCGUUCGACUGCAUUGCAUACGAUCAAGGCGUUCCCCAGUUGACUGGAACUGCGAGUUGUGUGGUGUACCUGGUGGAUGUGAACGAUGAGAACCCCACUUAUGCUCAGUCUUCCUACAACAUCACAAUCAACGAGAACCUCCCCAUCGGUGACGUCAUUACUACUAUAUUGGACGCCACAGACAACGACGAGAUGGGAAAUCCGAACAGCGAAAUCACAUAUGCGAUCACCGACUCGAAUGGGGACACAGACUAUGCGACAGCCACUCUCUACUUCAACUACGCCUCCACCACUGGCAUACUCACUGUGAGGAGGGAGAUAGACUACGAGGAGACCACCCAAGUCAUAUUCGAAGUUACAGCCACUGACAAGGGAGUUCCGCCGCUAUCUGGUACUUCAACGGUGACAAUGAACAUUCUGGACUUGAAUGACAACGCGCCCGAAUUCCAGCCGAGUAACUUCUACCACGCAGUCAUCACCCCAGAGUACUCGGACUUCAUCCUGUGUGCUGAGGAGGUGACCGCCACUGACAUUGACUCGGGGCAGAAUGGGGUGAUCGUGUACUCCUUCAAAAACCUGGAGUACAAGUUCGAGAUCGGACCAGACUCAGGCUGUGUGGCCCUUCGCCCUGACCAGACUAUUCGGCCAGAUGACAAGUACACUUUGAGAGUAAUAGCCAAGGACAACGGCAACCCUAGACUGUCCUCGGAGGGGGUGGUGAGAGUUGAUGUGCUCAACAUACAACUGCAGGUCAUUCAAAUGAAAGUCGGAAUCAGCUACGCACAGUUCGACGAAGACGCACAGAGUGAGUUCUCGGCCAAUGUGCAGCGGGAGUGUCAGCGUAGCUACCCUCUGUGCAAAGUGGGUCUCAUCUACACCCGGAGAAACACAUCCAAGCGAAGGAGGAGACGAUCUGCAUCCACUCUCAACAAUGGUCAGACUGUGACAGCGUACGUGUAUGCGUACAGCAGUGACCUUGACCUGUCAAAUGCAGAGGCGGAUGCGAACUUCCUCUCGGCCGAACAGAUGCUGCUCAUGUUCCAAGCAGCAGGAGACGGAACACCAGUGAAUGGACUCAGAGAUCAAGAUGUGUUUGCGAACUACCCAGUGCUCUCGGUGGAAGGGUACCCGAAAGAUGCGGUGAAGUUUGCGGAUGAGACACCCAACCGGUGGAUCAUCGCCAUUGCCAUCAUCACCAUUCUCCUCAUCCUCGCCAUCAUCGCACUCUACCUCUACUUCUCCCUCAGAAACAAGGACGGCGUAGGUCUGACACUUGUGAAGCCCACUUACACCUCAGUGCUCGACGGCACCCGAGGAGGGGGAGGGGGAGGAGCAGUGGUUGCCUCUAGGGAGACUAGGCCAACCUACAGGAGGGAGAGAUCGAGGGGUGAUGAUGUGAGGAAGAGAGUGGCUGCAUUUAACCAGGCCAAGAGACAGACCCCGGCAGUUGCCCCCACCCCAGCAGCAGCUGCGAAGCCAGACGUGUCCAGACUGCAACAGAAGUCAGUUGCUCCAGUGAUAGCAGCUGUUCCAGUGGGGAAGCCGUCGGUGGUCGAGAAUAAGGACAGAGGAGAGAGGGAGAGAAAGAAGUCGGGCGGCAAUUUAAAUCUGGAGGACGACAAACCGGAUGGGCAGCAGGCGGUAGCCCCUGUAUUCAUCACUAAUCCACUGUUGGUGAAAGAGAAACCAGAGGCGAGCAAUGAGCUGGAUGACUUCAACGGCAUGGCCCAGGAUCCAGCGACUGGGCGAUUCUACGCGUACAACAACAAGACAGGAAAGAGGAGGUGGCUGCGCACGAAAGAGAUUGACGUGAUGAAGGCCAAACUGAACUAAUAAAUAAAAAAAACUUAUCGACGACAUACCACACGACACGCCUCAAGAAACAGCUUCGAAAUUAAACAACUGAAGUGUGUACACAAUUACUGGAACAUUGAAACCAAUAUGGAAAACUAACAGACGUAAACGAAUAGGAAAUUAACCUAAUCGAGCUACUUGCCAUAAUUCACAAGAAUUAGUUAGAAGAAAUGUACAUAUGAAUGGAACCAUAGACUGAUUGUUAUACGUCGCAUAGUUGCUGGAACUGAAAAUCAAAACUCCAGAUAUAUGCGAAAAAAUGUAAAUAAAGUAUACACAUAACUUUUGCAGAGCCACACAUACUCGGGUCAAGGUGCUCACUUCAUUUUUUG